CACUGACCUCCAGUCCCAGACCUUCCUCCUCCUCCUCCUCUUCCUCCUCUGAUCCAGAACUCCUCCUCUUCCUCCCUGGGUUAAACCUUCCCUCUCUGCUGCAGUUUAGCUGCAGGACGAUCAGAGCCAGUAACCUGUUCUGGGUGUGAUGGGGUAUCAGAGGGGCAUCUGGAGGAGCCUGGCAGGAGGAGGAGGAGGAGGAGGAGGAGGAAGAGCAGCUGCUGUGGUCAGGUGUUCCUGCUCAGAGCAGAAGGUGACGUUCUGCUUCAGGAGCGCCUCGGACAGCCGGCCGCUGCUCCGGAUCGAGUCGCCUCGCCUGUCCAUCGCCUCCAUCAGCAGCGAUGAGCGCGCUCCGUCCGCCACGCCCUCUGACCCGUCCGACCCGCCGGCGUCGGGCCAGCGCCCGCUCAGCCUGAUCUCCACGCUGUCCUCCGGGUCCGGGUCUUCCAGGGACGACUGUGUCGCCCCGCCGCCGGAGUCCUCCGGAGUCGACCUGAACCAGAACCCGAGUCCUGAGAAAAGGGGGCGGAGCUUCAUUCACAACAAGAACAACAACAACAAAGCGUCGACUCCGAGCCGAGCGUCCAGCCGCCGGCAGCCGGCGCUGCCCUUUGUGGGCGCCACCAUGGUGCCCGACCCCAAGCUGAAGUAUCUGGACCGCAUCGUCUUGGAGAUCAUCGAAACGGAGCGGAUGUACGUCAGAGACCUGAAGAUCAUAGUGGAGGAUUACCUCGCUCACAUCAUCGACGAGUCGGACCUGUCCAACCAACCCAAGCUGGUCUGCGACCUUUUCGGGAACAUUGAGGACAUUUACGAGUUCAACAGCGAGCUGCUGCAGGACCUGGAGCGAUGCGACAACGACCCGGUCGCCAUCGCCAGCUGCUUCGUGUCAAAGAGUGAAGACUUCGAUAUCUACACCCAGUACUGCACCAGCUACCCAGAGUCGGUGGAAGCGCUGACGAAAUGCAUGAACAAUAAAUCUGUGGCCAAGUUUUUUCGAGACCGCCAGGCGUCGCUGAAACAUUCGCUGCCUCUGGGCUCCUACCUUCUCAAACCCGUCCAGAGGAUCCUCAAGUACCACCUGCUGCUCCAGGAGAUCGCGAAGCACUUUGGGGCUCAGAAGGAGGGCUACGACGUGGUGGAGGAGGCGCUCUACACCAUGACCUGGGUGGCCUGGUACAUCAACGACAUGAAGAGGAAACACGAGCACGCCGUGCGGCUGCAGGAGGUCCAGUCUCUGCUGGUGAACUGGAAAGGUCCGGACCUCACCACGUACGGCGAACUGGUGCUGGAGGGAACCUUCAAGGUUCCCCGGGCCCGACACGAGCGCACGCUCUUCCUGUUCGACCGCAUGCUGCUCAUCACCAAGCGCCGCGGCGAGCACUUCGUCUACAAGACGCACAUCUCUUCGUCGACGCUGCUGCUGAUCGAGAGCGCCAAGGAUUCGCUGAGCUUCAGCGUCAGCCAUUACAAACACCUGAAACAGACUCACAACGUGCAGGCGAAGACGGUGGAAGAAAAGAAGCUUUGGGCUCAUCACAUCAAACGCAUCAUUUUGGAAAACCACCAAGCCGCCAUCCCACAGAAGGCGAAGGAAGCCAUUCUGGAGAUGGACUCCAUCGGUCCGGCCCGGUACCGGUACAGCCCCGAGCGGCUGAAGAAAGCCGCGACGGACGAGUUUCCCCGAGACGCUCGCCAGGGCCGCAGGCAGUCGGAACCAACCAAGCACAUGCUAAAGAGGAAUAAAGCGCCUCUGGAGCAUGCGGUCAGUGAGGACGCGCUGGCGGGCGACGGGCGCUCCCUGCAGGGCGCCAUCAGCAGCAGCACGCUGGGCUCCAGCAGCCUGGGCGAGCCGGACGGCGGCGAGGACGAGGCCGGCCGGCUGGACGACUUCCUCCUGGAGGACGAGCAGGUAGAGGACUUUGUCAGCUCCGUGCUGGCUGCCAUCUCCUGCUGGCAGCACACCGUCCAGGCCUUCCUUUCCUCUGCGGGGACGGAGGCAGAGAAAAGUUGCAACGCUGCAACCAAAGAAAACGGUCAGCUCUCUGAGGACGAGCUGAUCGGACCUGAACCGACACCUGAGCAGUCUGCAGAUGCGUUGCCUCAAGAGAACCCGUUGGAAGAACCAGAAGACUCUGAACCAGAACCGUCCGCUAGUUCGGAUCCUUCUGUAGUCCCUGAGGUUCCUCAGAAGUCUGAAGAUCCAGAACCGGCUGAGUUACCGUCUUCUGCCACAUUUGAUUCUGACUCCAAGACCCUGAGCAGCGCCGAGUCCUCAGAGGACGAGAGGGAGGCGCCGGAUGACGAGUCCAGUAUUCUGCCGUCCUCGGUGCUGGACAAGGCCAGCGCCAUCGCCCAGCACUUUAACAGCAUCAAGAGAGGCAGCCUGGCCCAAGACGACGCCCGCUCCCUCGCCUGUCUGUCCCCUCGUCUACCCAGCAGGACCGGCAGCAUGCUCAGCCUGCGGUCCGAGUCGGCCGACCGCCCGCUGCGCCUCAACAGCAACUCCUCCGAUCCGCCCGAGGCGUUUGGCGGCGCGGACCUCAGUCUGCUGUCCCCCAGAGACGACAGCCUCUUCGAGCCGGACCGCAGCGUUCGGCGGCGGCGGGACUCCACCCUGUCCAAGCAGGACCAGCUGCUCAUCGGGAAAAUCAAGAGCUACUACGAGAACGCCGAGAGCCAGGACGCCUCGUUCGGCCUGCGGCGCAGGGAGAGCCUGACCUACAUCCCAUCGGGUCUGGUCCGGAGCUCCGUCAGCCGCUUCAACAGCAUCCCCAGUGUAGAGACGGCCCAGUCCGAUCCUCCUGCUUCAGCCACGCCUCAGGAUGUGGAUCCUCUGUCCACUGAACCGGCUGAGACGAAGGACCUCCUGCUCUCCAGUCAGUCUUUGGACUCGUUGAAGUCCGAUCUGUUGAGCAAUGACUGUGAAGAACCGCGCAGGUUCCGGCCGACACACGAUGAUCUGUCAGAGGAAGAGUUCAGAUCUUCAUCGGAGAUGAUUAAGAUCUGGCAGGCGAUGGAGCGACAGAUCUCCAGAUCCCAAAGUGAAGACAGGGAACCCAGUCGAUCCAGAGAGACUGUGAAACCCUCCGUCUCCGCCGGCGUCAGCAGCUUAACCUGGACCAAGAGCUGCGACCCCGACCAGGGAAACUCCGACCUCAGCGCCGUCACAGAGGACUCCCUCAAUCCCUCUCUGCCAAAGACCAGAACCGCAGCGCUCAGCCGGGCCGGAGGUCAGACCGGUACCUCCAGAUGCUUCGGGGAACAGACGGUGAUGCUGCGAGCCACGGUUCCCCGGGUGACGCAGCUGAGGACGGAGGCCGGCGGCGACAAACCAACGGAGGAGACGGAGCAAACAGACGAUGUGGACAGAGCCGAGAGCAAAGUCCGUCUUCUGGCUCGCCGCUACAGCCAGCGGAUCAGAACCGCCAGUCCGGCCGGCCCGUUCAGCAGGAAGACUCUGGCUUGUGUGGUGGAGGAGAAGGAAGGCUCAGGGAAGCCCAGCCUGACUCUGCCUCUGGGUCCUAAGGUCCAGUCCAAGUCUCUGCCGCUGAGCCCGGUGGAUCCAGUCCAGAACCCGGACGCCGGCGCCCCUCUCAGCCCGCCGCCCCCCACCGAGGGCUUCAGCUGGCCCGACGUGCGGGAACUCCGCUCCAGAUACUCCAGCGGCGGCGGCCGGAACCAGAACCGACGCAUGAGCCGCAGCAGCACCAUCCCGGACCGCAUGUUGGACUGCGGCCUCAGGAGGCACUCCAGCGGAUCGCCCGUCAUCUCGCGGGCGGGCCCGACCAGCGGCGUGUGGCAGCGGUCAGGUCCAGACGGCUGCACAGGGCCAACUCUCUGGACCCGCGGCUCAGCCUGCAGCCGCUGGGCGAUCUGCAGCGGAUCCGGCGGGAUCGCGACCCUCUGGACCACGGUUACUACGUCGCCGCCGAGGCGCCGCUCACAGACGACCCCGAACACAAGAUCAUCAUCAUGGAGAAGCUUCCAGAACCCGGGAACAGGGAACCGGGUCAGGACGACGGAUACGUCCAGAUCCGCUCGCCCACCAGCCGGGAGAAAAUCUCCAUCAUGGCCGUCAUCGACCGCUGCCGCGCCUACCAGGAGUCCGACGACUACAGGCUGAGGGACGACGCCAAGACGGCGCCGCCGCCCUCAGAGCAGGACGAGUCGCAGAAAACCCGACCCGACUCCGGGCAGAAGAGCAUCGUGAAAAACCUGAGGGAAAAGUUUCAGAGCCAAACCUGAAGAACCUGAAGAACCUGGAGAUCCUGGAGAUCCUGGAGAUCCUGAAGGACCUGAAGGUUUUCCCUCAGAGUCAGACAUCAGAUCCGCUCGGCGCCGUUGGGUCGGCGCCGUUGGGUCGGCGCCGUUGGGUCCACUCCUGCAGCGUUUCCUCUCUGCUGCUCCUGUAACGUCUGGAACCUGCAUGAGGUUCUGGCAGAACGUUUCAUCUGUAAAUACUUUUCCUCCGGGUUCAUUUCUGCCAUACGACCUUUGAACCCUGUGGAAACGCCAGCGGGUCGCUAACGGGUCACUGUGGUUCUGCUUAACGCCGCUGAACAGAACCUUUUAUCAUCACAAAGACUGAGGACAAGGUCCGCCAAAAAUACCCAUCAUGCUCCUUGUUGCUAUGGAAACGUCUUGAACCGGUGGGUUUGUUGUUCUCCAGUCGUUUUUCAGAAAAAUCCUAAAAUAAAAACUUUGAUGCAGCAGAAUAUUAAACUGAGAUUUUAUUUUUUUAUUAUCAGAAUAAAAUCAUAAAUUUCUGGGGAAACUUUUCCUGAUAAACGUCCAGAUUUGAUUCUAAUCUCUUAAUUGUGACUUUUUGAUCUUUUUCUCCUAUUUUUACCAUUUUAUUCUCAUGACUUUUUGUUGUACGACUUUUAUUCCGACUGUUUUUCUCGUAGUUAAUUCUUUUGCUCGUCUCUGAUUCUCCGUCGUACUUCGAGUUUCUUCAUCCUCCUCCUCUUCCUCACUGUUUUCCCCCUGGAAUAAAACUUCAGAAAAUUCCAGUUAAAUUAAUUUAAUGUCGGUAAAAUGAUCGUUUGAGGCUCUGAUGCCUGACAGACAUGAAACCAAAUAUUCUACAGGGUGUAUGUAUAUUUAUGAGCCUCAGAGAUUAAUUGUAAAUUGAAAUGAAUAAUUUAGAUGCUGAUGAUGAUCAGACGUUUUAACUCUGGGCUGCAUGCAAUAAAUGAGUUUGUAGAUGAUUUAACUAGGACCAUAAACAAUAAAGAAAAGAAAUAUGUAAAUUUAUAAUAAAUAUAAUUAAAAUGAUUUAUUUUGCUGCUUCUGAUCAACUUACUGUUUUUACAUUUUGUGCCUUUUUGUGAUUUUAUUCCAAAUCAGUUUGAACUUUUAAUUUGUUACUGAAGCGUCUUUUCUCAGAGGUGACCUCUGACCUUUGACCUCCACUGUAACUCCUGUAUUUAUUGGAUUUCAUGUAAAUAGAAACGUUUGUGUGUCUGUUAACGUCGGCGGACAUUUUUAUCUGUGACGAUGCCAACAUGAAACAUUAAACCGAGAAAAACGCC